AUGGACCGAAAAAGCCGUGCGGCUGCUGCAGCGGUUGCUGCGGAGGGGUUGCAGCAGCAGCAGCAGCAGCAGCAGCAGCAGCGCGAGCUCCGCAGGGGCCUUGGGGGCCCCCUCAGUCGCCCCAUCAUGAAUUGGUUUUCUGGCAUUCUCGGCGCUUUGUCCCGUCUAGACUGCGCUGCGCAAUGCACUACAUCAGCAGCAGCAGCAGCAGCAACACCUGCUGCUGCUGCUGCAGCGCGAACAGGCUCUGCACCGCCUCCCAGCCGGCCCCGCUGCACUUGUCGCAGCAGCAGCGCCAGUUUGCCUCAGCAGCAAAAGCAGCAGCAAAGAAGAGACAGAAGGAACUCCUCAGAAGACGCCGGAAUUGGCAGCCCCCGAAGACGCUAUCUGAGGGAAGAAGGAGAUGCAGCAGGCCCCAAGAACCCCCGGCUUAGGCCGGGGGGGCCCCCUGGGGACUGGGGGCCCCCAGCAGCAGCUGGGGGGCCCCACAAGCUGCUGGACUUGGAGGGUCCUGGGGGGCCCCCGGAGGCUUCGGUUUCAGAAAUGCGCUUUUUGGAGAGACAUAAAAAGCCCCAUGAGUAUGCACUGGAGAGGAAGCACGCACAGCACUCAGAAGAGUCUGAGGAGGGAAGCCCCCACCAGUGGAGAGAAGCGCCGCUGCUGCCUCUGGCGGAGGCGGUUCCGUCAUUGAAGAGGGAAGACCUGGAGCAAAUGAGCCCAGCAACUGCGGCCGCCCCCAAAAGCUUUGGGGUGUUGGGGGUUUAUAAGGCGACGGAGCGAGACUACUACAGGCGAUUCUUCAGAGACAGAGACAGAGCUCUGGAUGGUCAGCAGCAGCCUGCUGCUGCUGCUGCUGCUGCUGCUGCUGGGGCGGCUGAUGGUGUUGCUGUUGCUGGGGCAGCUGCUGCUGCGGCGGUUGGUGCUGCUGUUGCUGCUGCUGUUGCUGCUGCUGGGGCAGCUGCUGCUGCGGCUACUGGUGCUGCCGCUGCUACUGCUGCAUCUGGGGCGCGGAAGCUCCAUGAGCUGCAGCAGCUACAGCAACAGCAGCAAAAGCAGCAGCUGCUGCAGCAAGCCACGGCACGCAGAAAGCGGUACAUCCCGCCCAAGGAGUACUGGUACUCCGGGCGCCACGAGCCCCCCACUGCUCUCACGGCUGCAGCGCUGGGGGCGCGAGACCUCAAGUUUGUUCUUAUGCGGGAAGCGCGGCGAAUUCGAAUGGGGGCUCUGAUUGCUCCUGCUGCUCUUGCUGCUGCUGCAGGAGGUCUUGCUGCUCCUGCUGCUCUUGCGGCUGCUGCAAAGGCUGCUAUUGCUGCUGCUGCUGCUGCUGCAGGUGGGGCGUUUGACUUGGACGUGUGGGAAGCUCUUGAGGGCCGAGCUGCUGCCAUUUGCCGCGAAAGCCGAAAUGCCUCUGCGCGGUCACUCCUCAGAAUGCUGCAGGCUUUUGCUGCAGUGCAGCUACCGCUGAAGCAAACUCACAUGGAGGACUUCAUGAGGGCUAUCACAAAGAGGCAGGCAGAAAUGCGCCCCGAGAAUUAUGUUCACCUGUUCCAGGCAAGUACCGCUGGAGCUGCUACUGCUGCUGCUGCUGUGCUGCGGUUUGGGGUUUUGGGUUACCUGCAGGCCCUGGCACGAUUGCGUCUGCGGCACCGCAUUUGCCUCCUCGGGCUGCAGGAGAUGCUGCUUUCUUGGGCUGUUCUGCGGAACAACUUUUUGAUAAAAGCGGCGAACUCUCUGAGCAAACUGGACCUCGCGACCCACGUCUUAGUAACUCCCCUCAGGCUCACGCUAGCCAGCCGCAUUCCCGCGUUCACAGGUUCGUCUUUUGCUGCAGCAACAGCAGCAGCAGCAGCGACUUGUGUAACGCUGACGGCAGUGACGGCAGCAGCAGCAGCAGCAGCGGCGUGCGUGAGUGGCUGUGGUGCCUGCGCAGCAACGAACUGCCGGUCUGUUAAGUGGGUCACGGGGGUCUCAUUGUUUUCUUCUGCAAUGCUGGUGGACUUUUUGAACUGCGCGGCAAAGCAAGAGAAGAAGCAUUUGCUGCAGAGGCACUCCAGGGACCUGCAGCUCAUGGAGCUGUAUCUCAGAAUACAGAAGCCCGAGGUGUACGAGCAGCUUGAUAUCGAAACCCAGUACUUUUUAGAGGUCAUCCGCAACGCCAGCACCGCCACGUUUAGCGACUGCAGCGACACCGAAGAAGAGGCAGAGGGUGUGGACGAUUUUGCAGCAGCUGAGGUGCCCUCUUGGGGUGUAUGUACACCCCGAGACGCGCCGGAUGAAGGGCCCGGCUCUGGCCCCACUCCCCACAAAGCUGCCUUCCGAAGCAAAAUCGAGGCAGAUGCCUUCUUUACCCCUGGGGAGAGGGGCCCUCCCAGCGGCUCGGGGGCCCCCGCAGGGGCCCCUGGCCCCUCGAGCAGUGGCGGCGAAGCAGAGCUGGGCUGCAGCAAAGUUGAGGUUGCUGCUGCGACGGCCGGCGCUGCUGCGGGGCCCCACGAGGGGCCCCCCGCUGCUUUCAGCAGUGCGCUGCAUGCAGACAUUAGUAGGGUUCUGAACUUAAUGGAAGUGAGCCAUUUCAACUCCGCUGUGGCCGGGCCAUUCAAAACAGACUGCUACUUGCCUUCGAAAAGACUUGUGAUUGAAGGAGUGCCUUCUUACCAGCUCUACGCCAACACCCACACGCCCACAGCCACCAGCAAGCUGUAG